AAAUCGUACCCUGCCGACAAAGUCAAUGUGUUAAACUGUGAGUGAGACUAUAUGUUAGAAUUUAAACAGUGACAGAAAAAGCAGCGUUAAUUAACUGAGCUGCAAAAACGAAGAAUUUGACGGCCCAAGUGUCAAGAAGCUAACGACACAACAGAAACCUCAUUAUACAGGAUCACUGUGACAAAAGUGGACCAUUUUUCCAGGACAGUGUCACAGUUUCCCAUCGGCCCUCUUCAUAAAAGAUGGCAGCCUCAGUCAGUAAACAAAAGCUGAUGAACUACAAAUGUUCUCUCUGUAGUGAUGCCUUUUCUAAACCAGCUGCUCUGAAACGGCACUUCAAACUUCUCCACAUGGGAGAGCUAGAACCUAAAGGUCCUUUCUCCUGCACGGAACACAGCUGCCCAUUCAGCAGUGCAAAUCGUCUGGUCUGUCAAAUCCAUUUGACUUCCAAACAUGGGCUUACUCUUAUUCCCUGCAAAUUCAAGUCCUGCAAACUGUCAUUCCUCACUCAGGGAGAGAUGGAGAGCCACUGGCAGGUCCAUGUGCCCUUUGGUUGCUUUCUUUGCCAGUUUGUCACUAAUAAUGCUAAAAAUCUGAGUGAGCACCUCAUGGAGCACAACCAUCCACAAAUCUGCACAGAAGGGAAUGAGCUGCUACAGGCAGAUGUUUCCACUGAUGGAAUCAAGCAGCCCCUAAUCUCUUCCAGGCCAAAAAGGCAAAGAUCCAAUAUGGCUCAUGUGGCAUCAUCGCCAGAAAAGGGGACUGAGGACAAACCUGAGAUGCAAAAGAACAACAUGACAAAUACGAAAAGGUCCAAGAAGAAAGGCAAAUCUUCAGCACUGGUCUCUCAAGGACUGUCAUCCAAAGCCUACCUUGCAGAGGGUACAGAGCACAUCUAUCACACACACAUCUGCCCCGUGUGCCGACGCUGCUUCAAGAUGCGCUCCCACCUGCAGGAGCACCUUCACUUACAUUUUCCUGACCCCAGUCUUCAGUGUCCAACCUGCAAGCGUUACUUCACCAGCAAGAGCAAACUCCGCCUCCAUAAACUCCGCGAGACGGGUGAAAAACUUCACCAUUGCCACUUAUGUGAGUAUUCGGCCGUGGAGCGGGCUGCGAUCCGACGCCACCUUGUCAGCGUGCAUGCUGAUGAUGCAGAGGGGGGUAAGACCUCUGACAGCUAUUCCUGCCCCACCUGUGGUCAAGGAUUUGGACAGAGCCGAUCCCUUAAGGCUCACAUGAAGACGCAUAAUGUUCUGCCGUCCAGUAAACCGGUGGGCUGCUUCCAGGAGGGCUGCUCCUUCCAGACGACUUUACACAAGGCUCUUCUUAAGCACACCUUUGAGGCACAUGGGAUUAAGGCGGUGGAAUGUCGUCAUCACGCUUGUGGUGCCAUUUUUCAAAGUGAGGAAGACAUGGAGGCUCAUCAUCGAACACACCUUGCUUACCACUGCUCACUGUGUGACUUCUCUUGCUGCAAUAAAACCGUUUUCCUCCAGCAUCGGCGGCACGGUCACUUGGGGACCAACAAGCUCUGCUGCAAGUUCUGCUCCUUUGUGACCUUUAACCCUGUGGAGUUUGAGCAGCACAUUGGACACUUGCAUGCCAAUGAGAAGAUCCAUCGCUGUCUUCAAUGCAGCUACGUGACCUCGCAUAAGCGUGGCUUGAAGCGACACAUGCUAAUGCACAGUGGUGAGAAGCCUCACAAGUGUAGCCUCUGUGACUUCAGGUGCCGAGAUGAGUCCUACCUCUCCAAGCAUAUGCUCAUUCACUCAGAAGACAAAAACUUUAUGUGCUCUGAGUGUGGGUACGUCACUAAGUGGAAGCACUACCUGAAUGUGCACAUGAGGAAACACGCUGGAGACCUCAGGUAUCACUGUGAUCAGUGCCCAUAUCGCUGUCACCGCAUGGACCAGCUAAAGAGCCACAAACUACGACAUCAGGCCAAAUCCCUCAUGUGUGAGAUCUGUGCUUAUGCCUGCAAGCGCAAAUAUGAGCUUCGUAAUCACAUGUUGGCUAAACACGCUGCAGAGGGCGAACAGCCGUGUGUUUAUAAGUGCAGAUACUGUCUAUACACUACCUGCUACCGACAAGCACUUCAAAACCACGAGAACUGCAAACAUACCAAACUGAAAGAGUUCCGCUGUGCCCUCUGCUUCUACUCCUCCUUCAGCAGCAUUAGUCUUUUCCUGCACAAGAGAAAAGCUCACGGUUAUGUGCCGGGGGACAAAGCUUGGCUGGAGAACUAUGCAGCGAAGGAGAGGGAGAAGAACUCAAACAACUUCAUGCAGGAUUUCUAUAAAAAGCCUGAGCAACCUGACGUACCACCUUCUCCAGCCGCUGACAAUCGAAGAGGAGCAACUCCUCCCUCAGGAGGCCAAAGUUUUUGCACUGAAGCUCCAGCUGAUUCUCAGACAGUCGGUUCUGAAAACGUAUUUGAAGUUCUUCAGGAGGUUGCAACCGAAAGUAUUUCAAAUUGUUCUCAAUCUGUCAACAGUCCUGAGGAAUAUUGUACUCUUGUUUUAACUACACUGUCAACUGCUGACUAUCAAAUGUCCUGUCAACAAAAUGAAGAGGAUAAUAAUACAAGUCCAACUCCUUUGACACCCACUAUCGCUCUUAAGGAGUCUGACACACCACAUGAUAAAACAUCUCAAAGUUCAUGUGAAGAAGCUGAUGCUGCUGUGGCAGGUAGUUCGUGUGAUCAAAGUGACUUUGACGACAACUAUGAGCCUUUGAAUAAUACAAGUCAAAAAGAUAAAGUUGUGACGUGUCAGACACGAAUACCUGAGGUGGAGAAUGUUGGAAUAAUCAGUUGCUCUGUUUCAUCUGAGCAUAAUUUCUUGGAAUCUGAAACCCACCUGAAAGCUAUGAAGAAACAUGACAGGGACCAAGCAGAAACCAUGGUUUUGGAGGGACGGGUGCAGCUGCUUGUGGUGCCAAUUAAAGAUGCUUACAGCUGUGACAAGUGCUCUUAUGUAACCUGUAAAGAGACCACUUUGACACACCACUGCCAGUCGUCGUGCUGCAGUAGAGUAAAGGGGCACAAAUGCCAGGCCUGUGGUAUGCAGUUGACACAGAGGCGAGGCCUCGAGAGCCACCGUGCAAAGAAGUGCCCAGUGGUUUUACGAAAAAUAGGGACUUUGGAAACAGCAGACAACUGUAGUAUGAAUCAGUUUGGAUCCAGACAACUGGAUAAAGGAAUAAAUUCAGAUCAGCCCCAGAGUUUGCUGAGCCAAAGUAGGAUUGUCACAGAUUCACAAGAACAGGAAUUUAAUCAGCCAGAAGAAGUCCCAUCCUCCUGUUUAACAAACUACACAGGCAGUGAUGACAGUGUGACAGGAUUGAGUGACUCGAGACAUCAGCAAAAAAACAUUCAGAAAAAUGACGAGUUGAACGUUAAGCUUUCAAAGAAACGGCUCUUUCUUCAUAAGAAAAGGAGAACUCUAUCACAACGUAAAAAAGUGGUUUGCAUGAAGAAAGACGGGAAAUUCAAAUGCAAACUCUGCAGUUUUUCUGCCGCAAAUCUUCCUACACUUGGUCGUCAUUUCUCAACCUGCAGAAAAAGCUUGAGGAAAAAAGAGAAUUGUUCCUUUUCACAGGUGGAUUAUGAACGUGUCAAUGCAUUAUCAAGGGAUGAAACAAGGGAGAACAUGGCGGUGGAGUACAGUGAACACUUUGGUGAAGUUCCCAAGAAACAUCAAGAUCUUUCUUGUUCAAACUGUGCAUUUAAAUGCAGCCAGAAAAGAGCGUUAGACCACCAAGAAAAGAGAGGAUGGCUGAGACAAGAGGAACUCAAGUGUUCAUUUGUUGCCAAAGCUAAGACUUCUUUAACACAUCAUGUUCAAUAUGCCCAUAACAAAAGCAUGUCUGAUCAGGCUAAAUCCCAAAGGUUACAUUGUGAGCACUGUACCUUCACCUGCAAACAAGAGCAACGCAUGGCACAACAUGUAGCGCGAAAACACAGUGGUUCAAGACCUCACCAGUGCACGUACUGUCCUUUCAACACCGCCAGGCGCUAUCGUUUGGAAGAGCACAACUCUCUUCACACUGGAAUCGGCCGUCAGAGCUGCGUCAUGUGUAGCAAAACCUUUGGGACGGCAGCAAAACUGCAUCAGCACAAGACGCGCGUCCAUGACAAACAGCCAACGCACUUCUGUUCACUGUGCGACUUCAGCGGUUACACGCUUGCCGAUGUCAGGCGACACAGUCUAAGAUGCCACACGGGGGAGUUGCUGCAUGCGUGCACUCACUGCAAGGCCCUCUUUAGUUCAGACGUGGCACUGAGAAACCACUGCAAACGGGUGCACCAGUUCCAGGUUCGUUUCUCGUGCAUGCAGUGUGACUACACCUGCAGCACUGAAGACGCCCUGAAGGCUCACCAGCAGGACAAGCACCCUCCGUUGACAUGCACCACCUGCCAGGAGACGUGUAAGACAAAGGAAGGCCUUGAGAUUCAUCAGCGGACACACCUGGCGUAUCAGUGUCACUCGUGCACCUUUGCUGCCAAAACAAGGCAGGCGUUAGCCAAACACCUUUUGAACAAACACGAGGACGGCUCUCCAGAUGUCAAGCCUCUUAAGUGCAGUAGUUGUCAGUUUGCUUGUCGGCACCACCUUGUGUUGGAGCAGCACCUGCGUUCCCAUGGAGGGAAGCGGCUUUACAGAUGCAUCGAGUGCAAGUAUUCAACGCGGAACAAGCAGAAGAUCAUUUGGCACAUCCGCAAACACACCGGAGAGAAGCCUUACCGCUGUCAUCAGUGCACCUACAGCUGUGCCGACCCCGCACGGUUAAAGCUUCACAUGAGGGUUCACAGGGAGGAAAAGAAGUAUCUGUGUCCAGACUGCGGCUAUAAAUGCAAAUGGGCAACCCAGCUGAAGUACCACAUGACCAAACACACAGGAGAGAAGCCGUAUGCCUGUGAUGACUGUAACUACCGCACCAACAGAGCCGACGCCCUCCGUGCCCACAGGGACACACAGCACUGUGAUGUGCGUUCCUUCAUCUGUGAGAAAUGCGGCAAAGCAUUCAAAACGAGUUUUAUACUGAAGACCCACCAACGUCAGCACAGCGACGGUCGGCCGUACACGUGCGGCUCGUGCCACAAGGCGUUCCGCUGGCCGGCAGGUCUGAGACAUCACUACCUGUCUCACACCAAGCAGCAGCCUUUCUGCUGUCGCCACUGCUCCUACAGAGCCAAACAGAAGUUCCAGGUGGUGAAGCAUCUGCAGCGGCACCACCCAGAAAUGUCAGUAGAACAAGGUGUGGUGAAGGACUCGGAAACAGCGAGUCUGACCCUGAAGGAGGCGCUGGAGGGGAGAGUGGAGGAGACGGCGGCAGAGGAACAGGAAGACACAGGCACUGAGCGACAGGGGAGGAGGGAGGAAAAGGAGAGGAAACACUGAAGGAAAAACAGAUGCUACAGUCAGGUCCAUAUGUUUUUUUUUUUUGGACUGUAACAAGAAGAGUUCUAGGCUUCUGUGGAUGUGAUUGGAGAAACUGCACAGUUUAUGGCAAAGCUGUUUUAACAUUUAAUGAGCAGUGACAGCAGUUUUAGACACCAACAACUGUGCCAGCAUAUAGUCACAGUGGUAAGUAACACGCUGGAGUUGGUCCUCCUUCACAGUAUUACUCUCAGAUGUUGACAUUUCUUUUCUUAUAUCAGCGGGUUCAGAUCACUCAUUCAGUUUCUAGUUUCAUCAUCCUGUCCACUGGCACUGGAUACCUAUUUUAUUAUCUCUGUGUUAUAUUUGGUCCUUGACCACUAAUGAACUUUGUGCCAGACUGUCUGAUAUUUUACUUUCACCUCCUGGACAUGAUCAGUCAGCAGAUAGUCGAGUGAGCAGCUUAAACACAGCACUCACAAGUCUACUGGAUGCGAUUGGGCCAUCUACUAUAAAAUCACACACCCCUAAAAUACAAACACCGUAUUGCAAUGAGUAUCUCCGUGAUGUCACCACUAGAAGUCUUCCACUUUGCAUGGCACAGUGCUAUUCUGGACAAGGGAUGUGCUAAAGAUACGUAAACAUAUUAUGAUGAUCUACAAGCACCGGAACUGUUGUGAAAGUGACGUGACACGGACCCA